AUGGUUUAGGCUGAAUUUCUUGAAACUCCUGGCAGAGAUCUUGAUUUCGACCAGUUAAAUGAAGAAAAUAUGAAUUACUCUCGUUUUACUGGCACUUAGCAUUAAUAAGCAACAUUAAAUAUUGUGAAUGAGGAUAUUGAUCCAAAAAAAUCUUUGUCUGAAUUCACUAAAAUAGCUGACAGCCAUGAAAAAGAGAGAUUUGUUUUGAAAAGAUCUCGUCAAGCCUAGAUAGGCUAGAGACUAAUGAGAAUCAGAGAAGAAAUUUACAGGCUAGAGAAGGAACUCAACAAUCCUCUAAAUUAAGAGGACCCAUAAAGCGCUUAAGAAUCUAUAGAGCCAACUGAAGAGCCAACUUAGAAUAAAGAAAGCAAAGUUGUACUCAAUCCAGCUAUUCAGCAUUUAAAGCAGCUUGAUUAGAUAAAAGACAGACUAUAGUUGAUGUACUAGACAAAGGGAUUUCAAGUUUUAACAAAGAACUAAUAGCAUCUAAAGUACUUAAGCAUUAAUACUAAGAGGCCAAAGGAUAGCAAUUCAGCUCCUGGUGAUGAAUAAAAUAAAGAGGCAAACUUAGAUCUCUCAAGCUUAGAAUAAAUUAUGCUCAAGAUUUAGAAAGGAGAUUUGAAUUAAGAUAAGUCUAAUUAAGUUACAUUGGUAGUUGACAGAACAAAGUAGGAUAUUGGAGUACUAGUCAGACUCUAUAGUUUGCAAAGAAGACUGAACUUUAUUAAAUAUGUUACUGGAGAAUGGAAGCCUUCCAAUAAGUAUAAAAACAUGACAGAGCAGAUUGAAUAUGUAAUGAAGAGAAUGGAAAUCUUAGAUGCCUAGAAACUAUAAUUCAUGCAAAAUAGGACUAAACUAUUAGCUGAAGAAAUUUUGAAUCUCUAGGGAAACACAAAAGAAAUGAGGGAUUUGGGACAUAAUAAAGAAGAGAUAGAGGAGUUGUACAAAGGAGCUAUAAAAGUGAAAACUACUAUGUAUGAAAUACACAAGUACAUAGAGAGAUUAGAAUAGAAAAAGAAACUUCAUGAUAUGAGUGCUAAAGUAGCCAUUGAUAUUUAAUGCCUGGAAGAAUAGUAAAAUGAUAUUGAAGCCUGUAUUGGAAACAAUGAAAAACUGUUUGACUAUAUUAAGGGAGGUAUGCAAUAAAAUUUUGAGCUGAUAAAGAAAAACAUCGAUUUCCUUAAAAAUAAGGCUGCAAAGCAAGCUGGUAAAUGA